AUGAAUACAAGUCUUAAAAUCAAACAAUCACUCGAAGAUCCAGUGAUUGUCCAACAGAUCCAUGAAUAUAAUUUGAGGACAUUUUUUGAAGUGGAUUUAAUCAAUGAAAAUGAAUGGCUCGAUAGGGCUAUCCAUGAGCUCAAGAGUCCAAUUAUUUUCUCUCAUAAUGACUUCAAUCGCAGGAAUAUUCUGAUCCAAGAAUCGGAUAAUAAUAACAGUCUGAACAACGCCAGCAUAUAUUUAAUAGACUUUGAUUGGACUAAUUACAGCUACAGGGGCGCUGAUAUUGUUGGGGUCAACAGGAGUGGCACUUUGGUUCGGCCAAUGGCAGAGACACGACUCAAUUGUUAUAAAGUACUCAAGAACCGGAAACGACACGAAUUGUACGGAUUGUGUAAACAGUAUUUGGCCGACAAGUGGACUGAAGUGACGGCAAAUGAGUUACACAUAACUCCCAUUACGUAUGCGGACUACGACCGAUUCAAAGCCUAUUACACGCAAACACAUGUCAUCGCAAUUAACGUGAUUUUGUCGCAAAACAAUAUUUGUCCCAAACUUUUGGCUGUAUUUCCCAACGGCACUAUCAGUGAACACAUAAAUUGCCGAUAUUUUGACUAUAAAGAUGAUACUAACCCUAAAUUGGUUGCACUAUUAGCCCAGAAAAUGGCAAAAUUUCAUUCAUUACGACCGCCUGUUAACCGACAAAACAUUGAUAUGUUUAACACGUUUCGCAAAAUAUUUAAUAUGAAUACAAGCCUUCAAAUCAAACAAUCACUCGAAGAUCCAGUGAUUGUCCAACAGAUCCGUGAAUAUAAUUUGAGGACAUUUCUUGAGGUGGAUCUCAUCCAUGAAAACUCAUGGCUCGAGAGGGCUAUCCAUGAGCUCAUGAGUCCUAUUGUUUUCUCUCACAAUGACUUUAACCGUCGGAAUAUUCUGAUACAUGAAUCGCCUAAUGACCAAAAUAUGGAUAUAUACCUCAUAGACUUUGAUUGGACUAACUAUAGCUACAGGGGCGCAGAUUUUGGCACUUACUUCUGUAGUUGGGGUCAAAGGGAACUGGACUUUGGUUCGGGUGACUUCCCCACUGACACACAAAUGUAUCCCUUUAUUGACGCUUACAUUCAAGAGAUGAAGUAUCUGAUUUCCAAACAAAUGCCUGAUUGCAAGGAUGCUACUGGUGCUAAAGCGGUGGCAAACUUCAAACCUUGUUUUAGCCAAACAGCUAAUGGGAAGGGCAUGUAUGAGGUGGCUGAUAAAAACAAGUCUAAAGGGUUUGACACUUGUGCGGUUGAGAUUGCUCAAGUCGUCAAAGGUAUGAAAGAUCCUGAUGAGAAAGAUGGCAAGAAAAUGGAGGAAUGUAUGAAAGAACUCAUCAAAUCAAAGGAUGCUGUUUUGAAAUGCUAAUUAAACCUUACAUUAAUGCUGUAGAUAUACGGCUUAAUAAAUAGUUUA